GUAAAUGCAAUUAUAAUAAAUAAGAGUCCUAUAGUUAUGAUUAUAGGGAUAGGUACUAGGAAGAGUCUCUGCUUUAUGCUACCUGCAGCCAGCUAUCCCGGUAGGCUUACUGUUAUAAUUAUCCUGCUUAUAUCUCUCCAAGGUAAUCUAAUAGAUUGGUACCAAAAGCUCAGGAUAUCUUAUGCUGAAUGGAGAAGUGAUAGGGUACCUGGAGACGUGUUAAUUAUGUUUAUAAUACCAGAGUCGGCUAUAAUAAAGCGCUUUCUAGACUUUCUAGAGUUAUGGCAGGUUAUGGCUAAAGUAGACCGGAUUAUUGUUAAUAAAUGCCAUAUGAUUAUGGAAGGAAGCCUGUCUUUUCGGCCCAAGCUAUAUAAGCUGGGUACCCUCGCGUUAAUUAGGGUUUAG